AAAUUGAGCGAUAUCAACGAUAUUAUGUUAGUGACGAGAGCUAAUUAGAAAAUUUGAAGCUUUUAUCGAGAAUUCUCUUGGAAAUUGAUUCCGUCGCGUGCCAGUUUGUUCGUGACCACAGAGUGAGUGCCAUUUACCGAACGCGCACUGGGGAAGUGCUAGUGUUCCCGACACGCGGCGCUGUUCUCGAGGCGCUGGAUUUCUCGCUUCUCACUCACGCUGCACUCCUCGAGUCCCCGUCUCGCCCAACACCACCAAGGGUUUCACUGCGGACGCCUGCAGCAUCCCAGCAAGAGCGCCCUCGAACCGAAUUUUGACGCUCCCCGUUUCGCGGCGUCGCCAGGAAAACACUGGAACAGACAGAACCGAGACAUCACUGGAUAAUGUUGGCCCGGGACCAUGCGAGCAGCGAUCCCGAUGCAAAGGCACCGGCGAGGAAGAAGGCGCGGAAGAGCCGAAGUCGCGGCUUGAGAACAAAGACGGGAUGCUUGACAUGCCGCCAGCGACACAAGAAGUGUGACGAACAAGUCCCCGUCUGUGGAUCUUGUACCCUCGCAGGCAAGACAUGCGUCUACGGCCCUGACCGGCCAAAUCCCGAGGCAUCCUUCGCAGUGCCCUCGACGACGGCAACCCUGAGUCAGCGUCCCCUGCCCGCUGUAACAGUCACCCCGGAUGGACCCAACUUGCCACCUAUUCCCGGGCCUCCACCGCCUCAGACCCAGAGUCCUUUGGUUGCUUUAUCCUAUCCGGCCCCACAGCCGACCCGAGUUCCCGGGAGUGGUGGGCCUUCACCCGCCGCGAAUCCCGGGGCCAUGAGCCACCUCCCGGAGUCGCCGUAUCUCGGAUACUCCCCGGAUACCACCGAGCUACUCACAGCCGGCGGGGCAUCCACCCGGUGGCUAGACCUCUUGGCCUCCGACGCUGCCCAGGCUGAUGCCGGCUUCUCGCUGGCUCCGAGCCCCACGCAAGAGUCCACCGUCAAGCAUCAGGCUGCCGUCAACAGCGGUGGUCUAUACCAAAGGCUGUCGGACCUUGCCGCCACAGGUAGCGCGGAAUACGGAUGGCAGGAGUUUGAGGACAUUGUGCUCUUAGAUCACGAAGCUGUCUUGUUCCGCAAGUUUGUGGACCACGCAGCCCUAUGGCUCGAUCUGCUGGACCCCGAAAGACAUUUCUCAACGUACGCAACACAAUUAGCACUCCGUAACGUGGGCCUAAUGAAGGCCAUCCUGGCUCUUACUGCUCGCCACGACGCCAUGAGCAAGAGAGCAACCGACGGGUCCCCAGGUGUGCUCGAAUCAACUACGACUCAUGCCCAAGCCAUCCAGUACUACUACGAGACACUGCACUACGUUCAAACUGCUCUACACUCUCCUACCUAUACUAAAUCUGAAGAGAUCCUGGCCACAGCCGUCAUCAUUUCCACGUAUGAAAUGCUGGACGAGUCCGCAUCUGGAUGGCAACGCCACCUGAAGGGUGUGUUUUGGAUACAGCGAAGCCAAGACGUCAAUGGCGAAACCGGAGGCCUUCGCCAGGCCGUAUGGUGGGCAUGGCUCCGGCAAGACAUUUGGGCCGCGUUCCGCGAGAAGCGCAAAUGCCACAGCUUCUGGGUUCCGACCAAGGACUACGGCAACAUGACGCAGCAUGAGCUUGCCGAUCGAGCGGUGUACCUCCUCAGCAAAGCUGUCAAUUACUCCGCUGCGGGGGCCACAAACCCCUUUGGAGACCCUGCCUCCUCCGACCCCGAGGUACUCCGCGCAAGAGCAGUGGCUGGCUCAGAGCUUCUUGGCAUGCUGGAGGCGUGGAAACUGUACUUGGGCCAAGGGUUCCGCCCGCUCCCUUCCCCAAAGCGCGAGUUGGAUGCGGAGAAGUGCCCUUUCCAAGCGAUAUGGAUACACCCCCCGAGCUUCGCUGUUGCUACAAUGGUGUACAACUUUGCAAAGAUACUGAUAUCGCUACAUCGGCCACCAGAGCCUGGAUUUGGCCACUAUCUCAAAACACAGAGAACAUUGUCAGAUGCAGUAACAGCGAUAUGCGGCAUUGCAAUGGCGUUGCAGGACGAAGGAUGCCAAAUCAUAGCGGCUCAUUGUCUAUAUGGAGCUGGACUUUGCGUACAAGAAUCUUCACAAAGAAACGCUAUAAUAACCCUCGUCGAUGCUUGCGAAGAUCGUACUGGUUGGCCAAUGUCCACUAUUCGCAACGACCUAUUGGCAGAGUGGCGCAGGGUGGACCAAGACGGCAAUACUUGACCUCGAAAGUCUUGAUGCGUCAAUUGGAAACCUGCCCUAAUGCAGCUGAUUCUGAUUCUGCCGCCGCAAUUAAUAUUCCCAUUCGUCGACAGCCCGCUUACGCGCAGACGCCGUUCAUCUUGGUGUCGUAAUCGGAGAUGACUUG